AUGGCUCAGUACGUGUAUCACGGACUACUAAAGAAAAGGAAGAAAAUCCAGACCGAAUAUAAAAUAUAUUACACCUUUUCAUUAGAACAUCGAAAAUUGGACAAAUUUUGUGUUAUAUUUAUAAAUAUUUCUUUACUUCGUAUUCUUUGUAGAAAAGCUAUAGAGCCGCCCAAAACGGAAGUAAAACUGUCUCAUGUGAAUUUAACGAAUGCAGAAACAGUUAGUAACUUAUCAUCGAAUACAUCAAAUUCUGGCAGUGGGGCUGCAGCAAGUUCACACUCGAGUAGUAAUUUUAGUAAGCGGUCAACUAGAAAGAUACGAUCUAUAAAAAGUGCCGCCAGCAUCAGAACAAAUCCGGCAAAACUGAAAAGUAGAGCAGUCACAGCCAAGCCAAAGAAACCGGUCUCACCUCCGCCACACUCUGCAGAAAGGGAAAGAGAACAAGGUGGAGACUAUCUUAUAGAAAUUUGUGGUCGUCAUCUUAAUAUUUUCGGUCAAGGAGCUCUGAGAUUUAUAGAAAAGCAAUGGAACGUUUCCAAAGCCAGGGAUGUAACAACAGUUAACUUUAAUUAUUCUAAUUUUAAUUCAAUUGUCGGUAUUUUUGGGAAACUGAAACAGCGGUUUCCAAAUAUUGAAAAUUUCGUUUUCAAAGAAACAAAUAUACACUGUUUAGGGCAGUUGAAUGCGUUAGCGGAAAUACAAGGAUUUGUCUCACUUUUUAUUCACAGUGACGGGAAUCCUAUUACACAAAAACUUUGGAGAAGUUACGCAGUAUUUAGGCUAGUGCAUUGGGGAUUGAAAAAGAUUAAUGAUAAAGAGGUUUCUGAAGAAGAAAUAAAGGAAGCCAAUGAGGAAUAUCAAAGUCUUAGUGAUCUUGUCUUAUGGUCCUUACCAGAUAUACUAUUGGAGCCACUUUUAAACAGGUUGCAUUUAGAUCUGAGUCGAACACAGGGACAGAAUGCAAAAAAGUGGCUUCAAUCAAUUGAUCCAGCAUUGAAAAGCGUCGUUAGUAAAGAGGCAUUACAAUGGAAAAAGAAUUCACCAACCCAUGAAGAUCUUUUACUGAGACAAAAUAGUAAAGCUCAUAUGGGAAAAAUGUUACAAGACACUUGUAGUGCCGUUUAUAAAUUAAGACAACUUGAUCGGCAUUGGUCUGAUGUGUUUCAUGAGGUUGUACGGAACAUUGUUCUGGACUAUGCUCAUUUAGAUAUGUAUAUGAAGAAGAAGAUGCAAGAAGUACAAGCCAGCGGACUUUCACUGCCAUAGUUUGCAUGAUUUUAGCACCAACAUUGAAACAGUACAAAAUAUCGAGUUAGGUAAUAGUUUUAAGAUUUAAUUAAGUCUGUUGAUUACAAUUUUUAGAUGUUUUGUAAAAAAUCUGUAAACUUAUUGUACGCUAAGGUGAUAACUUUGUUUAUUUUUUAUUUUAUACUCAAAAUAUACUUUUUUGCACAAA